GAAGUGGACGUGCACACGCUUCCGGGCCCAGACGCCAUUUCCAGCGGCUCCGGAGUUUCGCGGGUUGUAAUCCACCGAGACAAUGAGCUAUGACUACCAUCAAAACCGGGGCCGCGAUGGAGGACCCCGCAGCUCCAGUGGGGGCUACGGAGGGGGCCACGGAGGGAGCCGAGGUUCCGGAGGCGGCGGCGGCGGCGGCGGAGGAGGAGGUGGUCGAGGUGGCCGGGGCCGGCAUCCCGGGCACCUGAAAGGCCGAGAAAUUGGCUUGUGGUACGCGAAAAAGCAGACACAGAAGAACAAGGACGCAGAAAGGCAGGAGAGAGCUGUAGUACACAUGGAUGAACGGCGAGAAGAACAGAUUGUGCAGCUACUGAAUUCUGUCCAAGCAAAGAAUGAUAAAGAUUCAGAAACACAGAUAUCCUGGUUUGCUCCUGAGGAUCAUGGAUAUGGUACUGAAAUUUCUACUGAGAACAAAUCAAGCUCAGAGAAGAAACUUGAUAAUCAGGAAAAGAAAUUGAUAAACCAAGAAAAAAGGACAUUUAGAAUAAGGGAUAAAUCAUACUUCGACCGAGAUUCUGAGUAUCUCUUGCAGUCAAAUGAACCUGAUGUAACCUUAGAUCAACAAUUAUUGGAAGAUUUACAGAAGAAAAAAACUGACCUUCGAUAUAUUGAAAUGCAGCAAUUCAGGGAAAAGCUGCCUUCAUAUGGAAUGCAAAAGGAAUUGGUAAAUUUAAUCGAUAACCAUCAGGUAACAGUAAUAAGUGGUGAAACUGGUUGUGGGAAAACCACCCAAGUUACUCAGUUCAUUUUGGAUAACUACAUUGAAAGAGGAAAAGGAUCUGCGUGCAGGAUAGUUUGUACCCAGCCAAGAAGAAUUAGUGCUAUUUCAGUUGCUGAGAGAGUGGCUGCAGAAAGGGCAGAAUCUUGUGGCAAUGGUAAUAGUACUGGAUACCAAAUUCGUCUCCAGAGUCGCUUGCCGAGGAAACAGGGUUCUAUCUUAUACUGUACAACAGGAAUCAUUCUUCAGUGGCUCCAGUCAGACCCGCAUUUGUCAAGUGUUAGUCAUAUCGUGCUUGAUGAAAUCCAUGAAAGAAAUCUACAGUCAGAUGUUUUGAUGACUGUUAUUAAAGAUCUUCUGAAUUUUCGAUCUGACUUGAAAGUAAUUUUGAUGAGUGCAACAUUGAAUGCUGAGAAAUUUUCAGAAUAUUUUGGUAACUGUCCAAUGAUACAUAUACCUGGUUUUACUUUUCCUGUUGUGGAGUAUCUGUUGGAAGACAUAAUUGAAAAAAUAAGAUAUGUUCCAGAACAAAAGGAACACAGAUCCCAGUUUAAGAGGGGUUUUAUGCAAGGGCAUGUAAACAGACAAGAAAAAGAAGAAAAAGAAGCAAUCUAUAAAGAACGCUGGCCAGAUUAUGUAAGGGAAUUGCGAAGAAGGUAUUCUGCAAGUACUGUUGAUGUCUUGGAAAUGAUGGAUGAUGAUAAAGUUGAUUUGAAUUUGAUUGCUGCCCUUAUCCGAUACAUUGUUUUGGAAGAAGAGGAUGGUGCAAUACUGGUCUUUCUACCAGGCUGGGACAAUAUCAGCACUUUACAUGAUCUCUUGAUGUCACAAGUAAUGUUUAAAUCAGAUAAGUUUCUUAUUAUACCUUUACAUUCACUGAUGCCUACAGUUAACCAGACACAGGUAUUUAAAAAAACUCCUCCUGGUGUUCGGAAAAUAGUAAUUGCUACCAACAUUGCAGAGACUAGUAUUACCAUAGAUGAUGUAGUUUAUGUGAUAGAUGGAGGAAAAAUAAAAGAAACGCACUUUGACACUCAGAACAACAUCAGUACAAUGACUGCUGAGUGGGUUAGUAAAGCUAAUGCCAAGCAGAGGAAGGGUCGAGCUGGAAGAGUUCAACCUGGUCAUUGUUAUCAUUUGUAUAAUGGACUUAGAGCAAGUCUUCUAGAUGACUAUCAGCUGCCAGAAAUUUUGAGAACUCCUUUGGAAGAACUUUGUUUACAGAUAAAGAUUUUAAGGCUAGGUGGAAUUGCAUAUUUUCUGAGUAGGUUAAUGGAUCCGCCAUCAAAUGAGGCAGUGUUGCUUUCCAUAAGACACCUGAUGGAACUGAAUGCUUUGGAUAAACAAGAAGAAUUGACCCCUCUUGGAGUCCACUUAGCACGAUUACCAGUUGAGCCACAUAUUGGGAAGAUGAUUCUUUUUGGAGCUCUCUUCUGUUGCUUAGACCCAGUACUCACUAUUGCUGCUAGUCUCAGCUUCAAAGAUCCCUUUGUCAUCCCGUUGGGAAAAGAAAAGAUUGCAGAUGCAAGAAGAAAGGAAUUGGCAAAAGAAACUAGAAGUGACCACCUGACAGUUGUGAAUGCAUUUGAGGGCUGGGAAGAAGCUAGACGACGUGGUUUCAGAUAUGAAAAGGACUAUUGCUGGGAAUAUUUUCUGUCUUCAAAUACACUGCAGAUGCUGCAUAACAUGAAAGGACAGUUUGCUGAACAUCUUCUUGGUGCUGGAUUCGUAAACAGCAGAAGUCCUAAAGAUCCAAAAUCUAACAUAAAUUCAGAUAAUGAGAAGAUAAUUAAAGCUGUCAUCUGUGCUGGUUUAUAUCCCAAAGUUGCUAAAAUUCGAGUAAAUUUGGGUAAAAAAAGAAAAAUGGUGAAAGUUUACACAAAAACUGAUGGCCUGGUUGCUCUUCAUCCGAAGUCUGUUAAUGUGGAGCAAACAGACUUUCACUACAACUGGCUUAUCUAUCACCUGAAGAUGAGAACGAGUAGUAUAUACUUGUAUGACUGCACAGAAGUGUCUCCAUAUUGUCUCUUGUUUUUUGGCGGCGAUAUUUCCAUCCAGAAGGAUAACGAUCAGGAAACUAUUGCUGUUGAUGAGUGGAUUGUCUUUCAGUCUCCAGCAAGAAUUGCCCAUCUUGUUAAGGAAUUAAGAAAAGAACUAGAUAUCCUUCUGCAAGAGAAGAUCGAAAGUCCUCAGCCUGUAGACUGGAAGGACACUAAAUCCAGAGACUGCGCAGUACUUUCAGCUAUCAUAGACUUGAUCAAAACACAAGAAAAAGCAGCUCCUAGGAACUUUCCAGCUCGAUUCCAGGAUGGGUACUACAGCUGACAGCCUUUCUGUGGUGGUCUGACAAGCCAGUUUGACACCCAUUUUUCCAUCACAGUUCAAUUUUUGGCUAGAUGCCAAACUUUGGGACACAUCUAAUUUGUGUGUGUAAGGUAGAAAAACCUUAAGUAGGUUGUAAAGACUUAAUGUGCAUGACUUAAUGAUGUUAUCUGUAGCUAUUAUACCAUUAAAAACAUGUUCUCUGAUAGUAUACACUGUUGGAGUCAUGUCCACACUUUGGGAGUAUUCCUCUUAUAUAUAAUGAAUAUUGUACCACGUAAGAAAUUCCUUUUAUUUCUGUUAUAUAAAAUUAAUCUUUCUGCUGUAAUUAGAGUAUAAAACCAGUAAAAUAGAAUGGUUAGCCAGAAAAGCAGUGUCAAGUAAGAAUUUGGAUACAACUGUAUUUUUAAGUGAAACUGAUAUCAGAAGUAAAUUAAUUUGUUGUAAUAAACCCCAAUAUCUAAUAAAAUGUACAAUGUGUAAAUCGCAACUAACUUCCUAGCUUGAUUUCUACAUCUUCACAUAUCACUUUAUUUGAUGUUUUUACUUUUUAAAAAUAAUUUAUAUACUGCUGUGCAGCAUAAUGUAGCAACUGAGCAUGAGCCUAGAGCCUAAAAGUUCCAGUCUCAGCUGAAUUUGCUAGAUGUCUUUGGCAGGUUACUUGACUCUGCUCGGUUUCCAUUUCCUUAAUCUGUAAAAUACAGUUUUAAAAUGUGAGGAUUCAAUAUAUUAAAACCCGUAAAACGUCAGACUAGUGCCUGGCACAUCACAUGUACAUUGAAUCUUAGUUGUUAUUUGUCUCUGAUUUUUUUUUUUUAAUUGGUGGGGUGAAUAACAACCUUUCAUAUUCUUUCUCAUUGCUGCUUUAUUCUCUUUGCCAAUGGAAGCUGGUCUGACAACAUGUACUGUACAUUUUUUGCUUUGACAAAUACUAUCACUUGCUAUCCAAUAGCCAUUUUGUCCCCCCUCACUUAAUUUUUUUCAUGCUCCCCCUUGUGCAGUGUUGUGCCCCAUUGUACCCACUUCUCUAAGGAUUAAGUAGAUUAUUCUAAACUGAUUGUUUUGGUUUUAAUAACCUUAUAAUUGGUAACACAUGAGUACUUGAACCUGCCCUGAGAAGCAGUCUGCAAGAGGUUGUUGGAAGAUGUUUCUCACCAAUAGACUUAGGAUGAAGCUCUGCUGUUCAUACAGGGUCUUUUCCAAAGCUGAUACUAGAAAUUGCUGCAGUGAACUUAUUAUCUGAAGGGGACACAGAGCUGUAUUCUGAGGUUGGUUCAAUGGAAGAAUAAAACCUACCAUGGUCCUUGAUAAUACUGAUGAGCUACAGUGACAACUCUAGAACUGCCCUAACCAUGGACUUACUUUGACAUAAGAAAGUUUUCAUUAUUAUGCCACUUUAGUAGGCUAUUUUUAACUUGAGAGCAUAUUUACUGAAACAUACUAUCCAUCAUUGAAUGUUAUUUGUUGAGUCCUCUAUUUACACCAUUUAUUUGGCGAUAUGACAGAGCUGAUCCUUAUCUCUGAUAAAAGAUGUAAAAGUGGUAGUAGUGGACAUACUGUAAAACAAAACAUUGGAAAAGCAUUUUGCUGUACCCUAAAGAUGUAGAAUUUAUUGUGCCUUCCAAUAAAUGCAAGGAAACCAAAGGAAUAGAAGUAUUAUGCAAUGACUGGGAUGUAAUGAUAGUGCUAUGAUGAUCUGUUAACCAUUGAUUCAGAGUGAGCUGCUCACAUUCUGAGAAUGUUACCACCCAUUAUUGUUUUCCAAGGGUUUGAAUGCACUCUGUGCCCUCAGUUUGUUCUCUUGACUAGUCCAAAAGUGAUUUGCCUCUCACUGCAUUCUGGCAUUAAUUCUUGUCACCAUAUCCUGGCAUAUUAAUUUUGUUCUAAAGUUAUUGUCAGGUCCCAUUUGCUCUAAAAAAUGUUUAUGUCUGUGCCUUUUUUUUUUUUUAUUAUUAUUUAAAGGUUUCCGUGAAAAAGAUUGUUGGUUGAUUUAAUGUUUGCAAACCAAUAUUUAAUUUCUAUGGAUGGGGAAAAUAUACCUGAAGAAUUAAAGAGAUGAAGUAUUCACAGUCAUUAGUUAUUUUAAUUACAGUAGUUAAUACAAAUUAUGUCUUCUGUACUACCACUGAUCAAGAUAGCAAUUUUAAUCAAAAGUGCUGUUUAUGUUCUGCAGGGUUUUUUUGUUCAUAAAAUAGGACAUUAUUGAGUGGGGAAUGCAGGCCAGAAUAGAAACUAUUUAGUCAUUUUAACUAAUAAAAUAUUAAGAAGGAAAAUCUAUUUGUCUCACCAUUAUGAGUAAUACAGAGAAUAACUCUUGAAAAAUACCUGAAACGAACUAUGGAAGGAAAAAAAGUCACUGAAUAAUCUAAAAAUCAUUUUUGCAAAGUGAGUACAUGUGACACCCCAAUUCAGUAGUUUGGGCAAAAGCUGUAUGUAGAUUCAUGUCAAUUAUUACAACUUAUUCUCCAUUCUUACUGCAUUUUUAAAACAAAGUUCACCAUUAGAGUUACAGAAAAAGCUUUGGAAGAAAUUUAUUUUAGUAUUCCUUUCCCCAGAAUAAAUAGUGGCAAAUUUCCUUCCAGUCUUACCUCUUAGCUUAAAUAUAUUCUUAAGUAAUUUGGAUCAUGUUAUGUAAUCAUAUGUUUGUAAAAUAAUUGUUUUUAAAUGGCAUUUUUAUUCUGAUUGUAAAAUAAUACAUCCUCAUUGAAGAAUAUUUGGGAACAUUUAACAUGAAGUAAAUCAUUACCAUUGUUUGAUAUAUUUUCAUACCUUUUUUUAAGCUUUAAGGUAUUAUAUUUGAUGAAGUAACAAUUUAAAUGUAUGAUUUGGUAAAUUUUUUCAAGUGUAUAAACCAUGUAAUUAUCACCACCAUAGUCCUGAUGUAGAACAUUUCCAUCACCUAAAUGUUCCACCACUGUUCCCAGUUGCAGGCCAUCCCCUUUCCCUAUUUCUGCUCCCUGGCAAAAAAACAGCAGAACCAAUAAGAUGCAGUCAGUCAGGUGGUCUUUUGUGUCCAGCCUCUGACUUAACAUAAAGCUUUCGAGAGACUCAUGCUACUGCAUGUAUUAAUAGCUGGUUCCUUCUUUAUUGUUUCUUAGUAUUGUGUCAUAUGGUUACACCAUUUUGUUUAUUCAUCAGUUGGAUAUUUGAGUUAUUUCCAGGGGUUCUUUUUUGUUUUGUUUCUGCUAUUACGAAUAAAGCUGCUAU